AAAUUUUCAAACCAUUUGAAAAUUUAGUAUUGGUAGGGUAUGAAUUGUAGUUCAUUUUAGAAUCCCUUAUCAACAUUAAUUUUUAUGACGAUUCAGUAAAUUCAAAAGCAUUCCAAUCACAAAUGCAUUAAAAACUUCAUAUCAUAAUGAAUACUUUUAAUCUAAAUAAAUUUCGCUAAAAGUUGUAAAAUUUGGUGCAGUUUCACAAAUCAUUUAAUAUGCUUGCUUCUUUUAUACUAAAGUUUGCUUAAAUUGCAAGAAAAUCAUAUUUAUCAUUGAGCAGGUUUAUUUAUUGUAGUCCAAAUGUAUUUUAAAUGAUCCAAUUUUUGCACAGAAUGCAUAAUUCAUUAAGGUUAUAAGUCGUCAAUAGCACAUUUGCCAGAUUCAUGUUAAGAUUUAUAUACAAAUUUUUCAUUUGAUUAAACGAAAACAAAUUAUCAAAUUAUAGGAUUAUUAUUGAAAGGCAUUUUGAAACAAACACAAAAAGAAGAAAUAAAUAAAUAACAAUAAAUUUUAUAUUCGAUAGUUACAGAACAAC